AUGAUCCCUCGUCGGGCACUGAAGCCAUACGCGGCUGAAUUUCUCGGGACUGCUCUGCUAAUCGUUAUCGGGGAUGGAGUUGUCGCCCAAUGUCUGCUCUCCGACUACAACUACGGCACCUGGCUGUCUAUCAACCUCGCCUGGGCUGCUGCCGUGUGUCUAUCCGGCUAUUUAUCCGAUCCCGGCCCGACCAUCAACCCGGCCGUGACUCUUUGCCUUGCCCUUGUACGUCCAUCUGAAGGGCAAUGGAAACAAAUCCCAGGCAAGCUGGCUGCGCAGUUCCUGGGCGGGUUUGUCGGAGCUGCCAUCGUAUAUAUCAACUACCGUUCGGCGAUUAAAGCUUGGGAUCCUGAAUACACCAUUCCCGGCGGAUCAAUCCUGAGCCCGGUCGGUCACCAUUCAGCGGGCAUCUUCUCGACCUACCCAGGUGCCUUCUUCCAGUCGAACUGGGAGGCUGUCUUUUCUGAGAUGCUGGGCUCAGCUGUGCUGAUGUUCGGCCUUCUCAGCAUAUCCGAUCCUGGAAAUGCCCGUCGAUUUCCUGCUCCCCAGAUCGCUGUCUUUCUGCUGCUGCUCAUGAUCGGAGCAGCAUUGGGCUGGCAGACCGGUUAUGCCAUUAACCCAGCCAGAGAUUUUGGCCCGAGAUUGUUCUCUGCUAUCGUCUAUGGCCGAGAGGUGUUUACGGCGGCCAACUACUAUUUCGUUGUUCCCCUCUUCGCCCCUAUUGUUGGCUGCGUUUUAGGCGCGGCGACUUACGACGGGAUGCUGUUCGAGGGAGAGGGGUCGCGUAUUGCCGAUGCGCUAGAUGAAGCCGAGGAUCACGGAUCUCUUCGACUGCAGUGA